GAUUCUCUAGAGGCUUGGUUGUUCCAUUCCUUUCAGUUCGGUUGUUCUCUACCUGCAUCGCCCAAGUACAUUAGCUAGGCGUAGUGCUGUAGUUCCUUUGUACAUAGUAGCUUAUCAUCGACUACGCGCCUCGUCGCGUGCCGUGCGGCUCCUCGACGCCGUUUGCGUUUAGGGCGUGCAGGGGUUUCGAGAGUCGCUCGUGCUAUCGUGUGCCUCUGCCGGUUGAAAGUUAUUGCAUAACGCCUUUCUUGGUUGGAAACACGACUGCGGAAAUAGCAAACGAACGGAGGAUGGUAGUUGUGGUAGUUACACGCAGCCAAGAGCGGGCUCGUUAGGGCGGAUGCGCGAAGCAGCCUAGCAGCUGCCAGCUUCACCGACGGUCGCUGGUCGAGCGGGAUACUCCUCUCAACCCACGGCCCGAAGCGGACUGGAGUGGAGUGCAGCGGAGUGCAGCGGAGUGCAGCGGAGUGCAGCGGAGCGGAGCGGUUUAGGGUGGCAGGGGGAGCGGCGUAGCGGCGAUGUCGCGCGUGUGGGUGGCGGGCGCGCUGGCUGCGUACGUGGCGCUGAGCGCCGUGUGCUUCGGGCUGCACCUCUCCAUCAUGCACCACCACCUGCAGCGCCAGGCCAAGACGCCCGCCCGCCAAUGGCAGGCCCGCCUUGACUCCGCCCCGCAACCGCCCGACGAAUCUCCCGCGCAAGUGCAGGCGCAUCCCCCGGCGGCAGCAGCUCCCGCGGUACUAGCUACAGUGCAGAGUUCCUUGGCGGCGCAAGAGCCGCCCGCUGUGACGGUGGCGCCCGCAGCAGCGGCGGAGAGUGCUGCUGCGGGUGAGGUGGGCGGGGGCACGGAGUUGGAACCGCCUCAGAAGACCGUUAGUGCGGGGUGGGAGGGAGCGCGGACGGUGACAGGUGGGGAGGGGAAGCAGGCGGAGCACGCGGUGGCGGCGACGGCGGCGGAGGGCCCGGUGGACGCGUCGGCGCUGUGGCUGGCGUCGUUCCGCCACAUGUCGGAGUCCGUGGAGUCCGCCGCCGCCCUCUACAACCUGCUCCUCGCCGCGCUGCUGGUCGGCGUCGUCGGCGCCAAGGAGUUGUUCCUGGGCGAGCUGUCGCUGCUGGAGAUGCACAAGCUGGCGGAGCGGCUGAUCGGCCACUUCUCCUUCAAGCUGCUGCUGCUGCUGUCGCUGGUGGACGUGCUGGUGGUGCAGCCCGUGUGGCUGCUGUGGUUCGCCGCCGUCACCGCCAUCAAGAUGUUCGGCGUGGUGGGCAAGGAGCGGUCGCAGCGGCUGAGCGCGUCGCCCUCGGCGCUGCUCUCCUCGCACCUGCGCACGCUCGCGCUGCUGCUCGUCGUGCUGCUCUCCAACUUCCUCCUCGCCGUGUGUCUACUACCGUUCUUCGCACCCUGGUCGUCCGCCUCGUCGCCCUCGGCGUCACGCAACGUGAUGUCGCUGUGGCCGCGCCUCUCCGUGGGGCUGCUCUUUGCGUACGAGCCCCUCGUCAUCGCCAUCGACACCACGCAGACGCUGCUGCACUACUGCCUGCACCUGCUGGAGGCCCACUCCGACCUCCUCUCCGCACACCUGCCGCCAGCUCUGCCGCUCACCUCCAUGCUGGCAUCAUGCGAGUGGGCGGAGCUGCGCUCCUGGCUGCUUUUCAACGUGUCCUUCACAGCGGACGCCUCCUCCACGCUGCUCACCCUCGCUCACUGCGCCCUCGUGUGGCUGAUCCGCGGCUUCUCCUUCUCGGUGAUCGACCUCGUCCUCUUCUUCAACAUCCGCACGCUGCUCGCCGCCCUCUCCACGCGCGUCGCCGGCUUCCUCCGCUGGCACGCCGCGCUGCGCCUCCUGCGCUCCACCUUCCCCGACGCCUCCCCCGCGCAGAUCACUGCCUUCGCCGAUGACUGCGCCAUCUGCCGCGAGCCCUUGUCCUCCGCCAAGCGGCUGCCCUGCGGGCACCUGUUCCACCUGUCUUGCCUGCGCAGCUGGCUGGAGCACGGGUCGCAGGCGCCCUACUCCUGCCCCACCUGUCGCCGCCCCUUAGACAGCCUUCCCCCUCAUGUGCUCUCGUCGCUCUCCCCUCCCCCCCAGCCCCCCUCCGCUGCUGCUGCUGCUCCUGCUGUGGGCGCUAUCCGCCCCCCCCAGGAGCCUGCUUGGGAGGCUGGGUGGAAUCAGGGAGGAAGAGGGGGAGAGGGUGGUUGGGGGAGGUCGAUUCUUUUCUUCUUCUAUCUCCCUAAGGGGGAUGCGGUUCAGAGGCGGGGGGAGUGGCAGGCAGAGACAUGGGGGGGAAGGGGGAUGAGGGGGAUGGGGAUGGUGAUGGAUGAGGAUAGGAUGGCAGCGAUGGUGGCGCAGGUGGAAGAGGUGCUGCCGCAUGUGCCCCUGCAUGCCAUCCGACAGGAGUUGUUGAGAAGGCCCAAUGUGUUGCUGGCAGUCAAUGCUUUAAUGGAUGCAUGGUGACGUGCCGCUAUGCACUGCCUCCCAUGCCACCGUGCAUCAAUACAGUACCAGCUAUUAAGGCACAUGGUUAGUUUAGCCUAACCUGGUGGUCAUAGCAGUUCUUCUGAUGUCACCAUGCUGCUGCCCUCUGCUACCCUCUGCUGCUGGUGUCUGACCCUCACUCACACAACGUGCACACAUGCUGCGCCCUGCUCCUGACUGCCGCUUUUUGGCGAUAAGCUUUGUUAUACCCAGUGUCUACUGUACAGUAUUGAUGGAGAAUGUUGGUUGAGCGAACAGAAUCCUUUCUAUGGCAUGCUGUGAAUCCUGCUUUGUGUCUUGAAUCUUGAUUUUAAAAAGGAUGGUC